CAGUCUGGGGUGUUCGGUAAGUGGCAUGUCAGCAGUCCUAUGAGCGAUAUCUCCUUCAUGUUCUCGUUUGAAACUCGUGAUCUGCUUCCUUAUGUUCUAUAAGAAUCAUUACAUCAUUUCCUGUUGCAGGAACUGACAAGCCACGGUUUCAGCACCAUUGACUCUGAGUUGUGAGUGCUCCUGCGUCCCAGAGAACAGCUGUGAUGCAGGAAUAGCUGAGUCCUUCAUUUGGCACGUGACCCCUGGGAUUGGGGUGGGGGGGGGACAAGAUAGUGACGGUGGAAAGAGCCUGAAUGGAAGACCCCCAGCACAGCUCCGGUCCAACCAAGGAGACUUUGAAAGUGCCUGAUUCUUCAGACGACGACGACUCAGGGAAUGUACGCCCUGACAACUCAAUCGUCUCCGUGUUUGGGUCCCAGAGGAGCGGAGCAGACCAUGCCAUGACGCUGUACCAAGCCUGUGCCAGGAAUGAAGCCAUGGUUGUCCAUGAGAUCCUACAGAGGGGCACCACACGUGAGGAGGUGAUGGAGGUGGACAUCAACAGCUGGAAUGGCCUGAUGGUCGCUGCCUAUAAGGGCUUUCUGGAGGUUGUCUUUGCCCUACACAGCUGCCCCUAUCUGGACAUCAACCACCAGGACAAGGAGGGAAACACAGCACUCAUGAUUGCUGCUCAAGCAGGUCACGUGACCAUUCUGAACUACAUCCUGAAUUAUUACCUCGGGGCAGACAUGGAGAUCCGGGAUGUCCGGGGCUUCACAGCCCUCAUUAAGGCGGCGAUUCAGGGACGCAGUGGCUGCGUCAUUGCACUGCUCAUGGCUGGUGCAGAUCUGAAUGCGGUGGACACCACAUGCCGCAAGUCUGCACGGGAGUGGGCCCAGAAGACGGGACGCUUCGAGACCCUCCAGAUGCUCCAGCGACUUCAUUUGCAGCCCAAGGCCCAGCAGUUCUGUGAGACCUAUGUGCUGGAGUGGCCAGAGCUGAAGUACCUGGUGAACAAGUCUGCAGUGGCCAGGAGCAGGGGGGAGCAGAUCUCGAGGUGCCUACGUUCCACCUUCUCCUUCCGGUUCCCCCAGGACCCCCGGGACAAUGGCGUGUUGGACCAAAUGGUGCGAAUGACCACUAGCAUCCACAGCCCACUGGUGGUCACUGGUUGUCGCCCGCUCUGCCCCAGCAGCCCCCCGGAGUUGGGGAAGAGGCGCCUAGCCGUGUCUGAGCUGGCUCAGCAGUUCUCGGUGAACAAGCUGGAGGAAUGUUCUGUAAGGUCCAGCAAUGGCUCCAUCUCCUCAUCCCCUCCCUCUGUGACCUCCUCUGCCUGCACCUCACUAGCCUCCUGCUGCCCCGUCACACCCUGCAGGGGCAGCACGUUCUCCGCGGCUUCCAGCAGGGCACAACGCUUCAUCUCAUGGGGCUCCGGCACCCACAACAGUGUCUUCCCGGCUGGCUGCAUCCCCCAAAUCAAGGUGAUCAGGGCAGGAGAGGCCACGCCCAGGAAGGAGAAGCUGAGGAGGAAGACCAGGGGCUACCUGGAGCCACCCAAGUGGAAGUACAGGGAGAUUAAGGAGGACAAACAGAAGGUGAAGGAAAACCCAGAAAUGGAGAAGAGAGAAAAAGAGUCAUCUGACAGGGUGAAUGUCAAGAAGCCAAAGUAAGACCAAACAAGUCUGACAUCAGCCGUCAAUCUGUCUGUGGGUCUCCGGCUUCUUUCACUCCCAGUGUUCAUCCUUCAUCAAAACAAUUAAAUGGAUCCUUUGCCGCGUCUGUCUGUUUGUGGUCUGGGGUCAAGCUGGGGCUCCGGGCUCCCGCCCAACAGUUAUAGUCAGCGAUUUCCGACCAUCCUUCUGUGAGCCAAGUCAAACUUCAGCUUUCUAUUAACACUUGAAUAUGAAACUUUUCUGGACACCUUACAGAGGGAAAUUCUAAGAGAGAUGGCCGUCAUGAUGUCGCGUCACCCUGGUACUGAACUCUUUGUUGGGAUGAAGAAUUAUUUACCUUUUGUGAUAAAUAAAGUGGUUCUUCCACAGUG